AUGUCGAAAACAAAGAACAGGAAUAGUUUAUUAUCGUCGCAUAAUAGGACAUCUAUUUCUAAUAGCACUAAAGAUGAGUUAUUGGCAAUGAAAUAUGUCAUGGAUAAACCUGCAAUACCACUAUAUCCAUUAAAUGACCUUAACAAUUCAUCUGAAUCCAUUUCAGAACAAGGAAAAUAUGUAUCCAACAGCUCUACAGACGAAUUGACCUAUCCUGACUUUAGACCGUGGAAAGAUACGACGCACUUACCCAAAGGUAAAUCACAAGCUGAAGUUGAAAAACUAAAUAAUGAAUCGUACCUUAAUAAGGGAUACUUCGAAGGUCCCCUGGUCGCAAAUGAGUACUAUUCUGCUAGGAAUUUGAUCCAAGCAUCGCUAUUUUCUUCCAGCAGUAAUUGCGACAAAGUUCUUAAAGAGUUAUCGCAGCAUUUAGUCAACUCAUAUAAAGCUAGAAAUGAGAUAAUUAAUAAAAUAAGACAUGAUUCGAAUAGGUUUAGGAUACCACCAAGAGUUACUUUAACUGCUCUGAAGAAAGAAGCGUGGCUUCGGGAUCUCGCAAAUCCGGAUGAACCAUUGCUGAAAAUAUCAAACAAAUUACCUCACGGAAUAAAAAAUAAGAUGCUAGUUGAUAUUUUAUGUAACAAGAAUAUCCCUACCUCACGAGCAUUAUGGCUAACUAAAUGUGUUUUAUUCAGUGAGUUAUUGGCCUUGAGAAAGAAAUACCAAUCCAGACUUUCUAAUAAUCCUCAUCCGAUUGACAAUGCAACCUCUGAAUCUUUUGAAACUCAAUGGCUACAAGAAUGGACUCAUCAAUUGGUUGAUUACUUUUAUAAGUUUUCGAAAGACAUGUGCAGCAUAACAAUACAAGAAAAGAAACAAGCGUAUUUGACAAAGUUAAAUUAUCUUUUAAAUUAUCUUCAAGUGUUAUACAUAGAGUGUUUGCUAGACAAAAGUUUUUUUCUUUCAUCUAUUUUAAAAUUCUUAAAAGAAGGGUUGCCUUUAGAUCAAUCACAUAUAUCUGAGCUUGUCGCGUUCUCAAGAUCCGAAGGUGAAGAUUCAACGCUUGAUAGGUGGCUAGUUGACAUAGAUUUAAAUUAUGGUCAAAGAUUGAUUUCAUUAACAUUAGUUAAAAUGUUUUGGAAAGACGUCUUAGAUUUGGAUUACUUAUCUAAAGAACUAAGCGAACUUUUAUUGCUAAAUUAUUAUUUUAUUGAGAGAAUCCCAACCUAUAAUUCAAAAUCUAGCAACUAUGCACACAAGCAAAACCACACAGCAGCAUUAUCUCUGAACCUAAAAUCGAAGUUAUUGAGCAAUAUAUCUGACACCGUUAAUUAUCUAUUCAAGCAUAAUACUAACGUUUUCAUUAUUCCUAAUUAUUGGAUUCUUGUGAAUGAAACUCUUUAUAAGAUUCUUUUGAAUGAUGGCCCUAAUAAUUAUGAUUCAGAGGAACAGAAUGAAAUUCGUAAACAACUCAAGUUGAUUAAAUAUAGAAAUGAAAGUUUAAUGCUAAGUAUGAAAGAUGUGCAAUCAUCCAAUUUCAUUGAUGUUAACUCUGGCAAUUUAGCGAACGAUAGAGGAGUAGGCGUGAAUAUUCAACAAUCGCUUCUGCAAGAUAUACAAAACUAUGAUACCAUGUUUUCUGAGAAGAAGACACAUAUUACUAUUGAAAGCGAGAAUUAUUUUAUUAAUAGAAAUAGCGAUGACACAUUGAAUAUUAUCGAGCAGCUCGAUAGACUCAAACUAAAUGAUAAUCUUGCAGAGUUGCUAAUGCCUACUUCAGUAUCUUCUUCGCCUGAAAAUUCUAACGAUUGGAGGAUCAAUUUAAAAGUAGUUAUUUAUUGGGCUAUCACAAUAUAUCGCGAGCAAAAAUCUUCCAGUGAAGGUAUUUUAAUAAUUUGCAACUUUUUGAAAAGGAAGAUCCUACAAAAUAUUAAUAUUAAAAAUUCCAAUAGUCUAAAAGCUGAGUUUGAGAAUGAAAUACUUGAGAUUAUAUACAAUUUGGCUCAUUCCACCAAUGUGGAUAUUAUUGACUAUAAUUUGUAUGUUUUGAUCAAUGAAUUGUAUCAAUUGAAGGUCAUUACAAUAUCAACAUACCUUAGAAAAUUGAUAGCGUCUGGUAUAUUCUAUGUAUCACCGAGUGCGGAUGAAGGUCAGUCUCAUAAUGAAAAUAACUCACUGGUAGCAACUCAUUUGGCUAUUUUACAAAAUCUUCCAGUCUUAAAUAACAAGCAAUGUGAUAGUAUCUUAAGAAAAUGGACUCCUAAUGGGUUUAAUUUUGAAGAAAAAUUUGAAAAGGGUAAAUUAAUUUUGAAGCAAGAAUUAGUAGAUAGACUAAUGUUGAAUUCUUUUGAUGAAUAUAGUGAAGAGAAAUUUACUUACGUUAAAAGCUUGAAAGUUGGGCUAAAGUUUUUGUUGGUGAAUUGGCUUACAAGUGAACUUAAGAUGUCUAUAACAAAGUCCCCGAAGUUAAUACAUAUCAAUCCCAACAUUAUAGCAAGUCUUUAUAAUUUCUACGCGUUGUGUGAUAACUUAACAGUAUUUUUUAAAGUCUUGGUAAAGUUUAUUUUAAGAAAUGAAGGGAAAGUGAUAAUUUGUUACAUGGAUUCGCUAUAUUUAAUUAGCAAAUUGAUUAUAAGACAUUUCAAGUUGGUUAAAUUUAUAGCUGGAAAAAGCUAUGAGUCUACUACUACCGGAUACGAACUUUUCAAAUUAAUUAUCCUCAACUAUAAAGAUUUGCUGACCAGAGAUAAUGACUACUAUAACUUCAGUGAUGUUUGGUAUUUCAUAGAUAAUGCAGUUGAAAAAAUUGAUCGCACAUAUGAUAAAAGUUCCGACGAUAAUCAUGAUAAUGUAUCAAAAUCGAAGAAUUUUAACCAAUUGCUCUUUGCUAAAGAAACUGUUGAUUCUCCAAUGAGAAUUCACGCAAACAGCAGUGCAUUACAAAAGAAUAACGAUAGUUACUCGGCCACAGACUUCAGAAACGACUUAGAUUUGCUAUUGGAAGCUCCUAUUAAACUUUUGAAUAAUACCGAUAUUACAGAAUUCAUUAGUACACUUCAACUUAAUAUUAGUAUUGAAGUAUUCACUGAAGCCUCAAGAUCUGAAGAGUCAAUAAACUUUAUAUUGGGAUAUUAUUUUAAGAAUAUUGGAAAAUUUAAUGAAUUGCAUGAGAAUAUAUGCAUGAGGUUGUUGAUAAAUUCUAAAAAAGUCUUAGAAUUAACGACCGGAGGUAGAUUCUUCGACAUCAUGAAACAAGUCAUAUGUGAUUUGGUUAGAGCAGAGUCUGAUAUUGAAAAGAUAACCACGCUAUUCAAAAAGCUAUUAUACUUCGAAGUUUAUCAACCGCACGAAUUACUUCUGAACCUAAGGUAUACAUUGGCUUUACAAUUGUCAAAUGAAAAAAUUGAUAGUGUCAUUUAUGAAUUGCUUUUCGGAGAUCAAGAAAGCGAUAGCAAAAAUCUAUUCAAUGACCAAGUUUUGGCAUUAGGUUGCAUCCGUUAUUUAUAUGUUAAACGUCACUCUAAUGAUAUAUUUAUUAUGUUGUUGGAUAGCUUCUCAAAGGAAACUAAUACAGUUUUUGAUUCUUACGCUUUAAGGGAAUACAAUGGUGAUGUUUUAAGCUUUUUUAGACAGUUUUGCAUAUCUAAUACUAGGCUUUUUAUGGAUGGUCUUUUAAAAGUGGUUUCUAACUCAGAUAUUAUUUCAUUCCUUAAUUUUCUUGUAUACAUAACGGAGGAACCUAUUGGGAGUAGCAGUGAUUUACCAAGAUUAGCUUCUAUAAUUAACGAGUUCAACUUGCCGGUAUGCCAAAUCUUAAUUAAAAUCAUUGUUAUAAAUGAAGUACAUGACUCAAAUAGGGAUAAAUCAAUAGAGAGGUUGAGAUGCAUGCUUGAUGUGUUAUUGAAUAAUUUGACAUUUCACUUCGUCUCUAAUAAUUCGUUCUUCGGAGAACUCUUCAAUUUCCUUUCGUGGGAACAUAAGUUAAAUAUUCUAUUUAUCUUGGAGCAUAAUUUUUUGUGCAACACAGAGUUUGAUGUUUCCAAUGACAGCUUGGACAAUAAUAGGGUUUAUUUAACAAGUAGUGAUGGGAAAACAGACCUCCUAUCGAUAUUGAAAGACUACUUUAAGAAAUUUUCGGUUUCGUCCUUAAAUACAGUUACUACUUCUACUGAAGUUUUUAACGAUUUAUCAAAGUUCUUACAAAAGUUGUUGCAAUUGGCAAAUUUGGACAUAAUUGGUGAUAGUAGAAAGGAUGUAUAUAACACAAUUUCAAUUUUUUUGAGGAUUCUAAUUAUUCACAAGCUUUCGUUGACUUCAAUCAUUAUUGAACAAGAUGGACAGAACUUUAAUUUCAUAAAAAACUUAAUUGCAUUGCUUGAAUCAAAAUUCUUAUGCUCCAACAAUGAGAAGUUAAGAAUUUUGUUGUAUGACUUGUUAUUGUUAAUGAAGAGUUCAAUUACUCUGUCGAUGACUCUUAACACAGACAAUAACCUUGCCGAUGAUAUGACUAUUGAUGUCACUUCCAGUCAUCAACAGAAUAGCCCACCAAAUGAUCAUGUAUCAAGAUCCAACCCUGAUGCUACAGAUGUGGGAAGUACUAAUUCUAAGUACUUUGGGGUACUGAACCUAUCUAAUAUUCCAAAUUUAUCGUCUGUUUUCAAUCUUUCAGAGCCUAACAUUUCAUAUCCAUUAAGAAAGUAUACAGACAAUUCAAAAAUACUGUGUGCUCUUAUGUUAGAGAAGUCUGAAUUACAUAAAGGGGGUGAUAUACAUGCUUUAAAUGACAGUAAUUUGAUAUUGCUUCCGUCAAGACGUGAGGCUCUUAGCAGUGCAUUUGAUAUCUUGAACGAGACUCAACAGAAUGUCUCUAAGAGGUUUAAAUUAAAAAGUUACGAACUAUUAGAAGAUACUGGUAUCGAACUAAAUAAUGGUUGUAUCAAUUUACUGCUUUUUGAUUCAUUCACAACCAAGGAGAAUCCUCCAUAA